AUGGCUGAAGAUAACCCCAGAAAAUCCACUGUGGAAGAUGUCUUCAUCCCCAAAGAACUACUCACAACUGCCAAAUUCAACUCGCCAUGGGAAUUGGCUCGAUGGGAAGAGUCUCUCCCCGACAACCAUCGUAUAUCGCUUCCAGAGCCUCGCACCUCGUCCAAUCGUCCUCUGAGUCUUUCUGCUCUGCGAGCAGUGGCCAGACCAAAGUCUACAAUCCGGCCUCGUGGACGCAGUGAUCCUCCUGCUUUUCAGGGCACAUUCGACUACGUCGCAAAGCCCGCCACAUUCCAACCCGCCUCUCCAAUCCCUGAGAAAGAACCAAUAACGCCUGUUCAGAAUGCAUUCCUUAAUCCCCAACCACUCAGCAAAGUCAGCUCUCAUACAAUCAGCAGCGAGCAGAGCAGCCUGCAAGAAGUCUAUGAAAAGGCCAAAUUGAGAGGCGUUGCCAUCCAACGAAAGUACUGGGUGCGGUUAUCGUUUGAAUACAGCAUCUAUGCAUUCCUUGUUCUGUUCGUCUACUUCGUCCUUGUCGGUAUGCCACUCUGGAAAGGUGCUGUCUGGUGGCUGUAUUACGUUGUCCGAACCAAGUUCGUUAUCCAAGGAGGAUACGCAAUUAUCAUUGGUCUGGCUGCACUAUACGCAUUCUGUCCUCUGAUGAUCCUUUUCGAGAAAGACCCUCCGACCCUGGACUCUGAAUCCGAAUCCGAAUCUCCAGACCUGGAAAGCAACACCUCCAAGGUACAAUCAACCGCUCUCCUCAUCCCCUGUUAUAAAUCAGCAUCGAUCAUCAGCGCAACCCUUGAAGCCGCCUUGAAAGUCUUCCCCAAAGAAAACAUCUUUGUCAUAGCAAAUGGCAACUCCAAGACACCCCUCGACAACACAGAAGAAGUCUGCAAACCCUACGGUAUCAACCACCUCUGGGUACCCAUCGGCUCAAAAAUCGUGGCGCAGUUCGUCGGCAGUCACGCAGCCAGAGAUUUCGAAAACGCCCUCCUGAUCGACGACGACUGCCUCCUACCCCCAAACUUCCCCAUCGUCAGCGACAGACUCAAAAAUACCGUCAAAUGUCUCGGUUACACCAUCAAAAGCGUCGGUCCCGAUUCCUCAAAGGGUACAUUCUGCCAACAAGCCCAAGACCUCGAGUACAAAAUGUCCGGGAUCCAACGUGCUUUCUUCGGAAAAUUCGGAAGCGCUACAUUCCCACAUGGAGCUAUUUCGCUCUGGAAUAUUGAGUUCCUGAAACAGACCUUCCACGAACAUCCCGGCUUCUCUGUGUCGGAGGAUUGGUUCUUUGGCGAUGCAUGUCGGCGUCUGGGUGGACGCAUUACUAUGUGCUCACAGGUCUUUGUCGAAACAGAGACGCCGGCUUCCGUAUUUUACAGUGGUUCCGGUGGUAGUCGUGGUGGAUUUGGCGAGAUGACUGUCCUCCAGCAGCGAUUUAAGCGGUGGAAUUUCUUCUUCGUAGUUGGUGUAUACUACGAUUUGAAGUACAUCUUUACUAGCUGGAAAUUGGGUUGGUGGGAGUUUGGUGCGAAGUUGUGCGUUUUCCAAGAGGUCUACGAAACCCUCAUCUACCUCUUCGCCCCCUUCGUCCUCCCAAUCUCAUUUAUAGUCCGUCCCUCGUUCUGCGGAAUGUUACUCGGCGUCACGAUCGGGAUGUACAUCCUCAAUGUGAUCAUCUUCAACGAGGUCCACCUCCGAUUAAAGAAAGAGCGCAUCGACUGGAAAGUCCUGUUGUUCUAUUACACUUUCUACAAGAUCGCGCUGACGUUCAUCAACGUGGUCAGUUGCUACUGGUCGCUGUACAAGUAUGCCCGGUACUUUGCGCAACGGCAUCCGAAAGUCAUUGAGGACCGGGAUGCGGUUGAGGUGUUACUUAGUCUUGAGAAGGAUUCAAAUUCGAAGAUAACGUCGGUCGAAGAUGAUAUCGUUCCACUUGAUGGUGUGCUCGGGAGAGGCGUUGGAAGGAAGUUGACGCUUACGAAAGUUAAGGCUGGGAAGAGGGAUAGUGAGAAGAAUGCUGGGUGGAUUUGA